AUGUCAAAAAAUAGAAUAUUUUAUGAUGAUAAUGAAAACCUUCCAUCACCCACCAAGGAAUUAAGAGACGUUCCAUUUUCUAGGGUGUCAAAAACUAUUGUAAAAGUGCCAGAGCUCAUUGAUUCAGGCACGUUGUCCACAUCUACCCGACAUCGUUCUGAUAUUUUUAGCGUGGAUGAGCUUGCUAGUUCACCAAAUAUCAGAGACAAAAAACCUGAAAACAGCGUGAAAAAAGGAA